GAUGUCCAUGGUGUCGUCUGCCGGAAACUCGAAAGAAGAAGAAGAAAAGGGCAGAGUUUACAGUCGCGACACAAACGUCAGCGACGAUAUAUAACAUUCAAAAAUGUUAAAAGAGUUGGUGAAGGAUCGACUAAUGGUGGCAGCCGAUGAAAUAUUCCGCCUGUUUGAAAGAACGAUAUCGUCAUACGAGGCGGAACUUUGCAGAACAAGAGAAGAGAACGAGCGACGACGACAACAAAUGGAAGCUGCCCGCAAGACUCAAAUUGUGAUUCAGGUUAAAGGUACUUGAACUCCUCCACUUGGGGCAGGGUCUCCUCCCCAACCCGGAGAUGGCCCUCCACCCUUUUCCGGGCGAGAACUAUGGACUCGGACUUGGAGGUGCUGAUUCUCAUCCCAGUCCCUUCGCACUCUGCUGCGAACAGAUCCAGUGAGAGCUGAUGAUCCUGGCCAUCAGGACCACAUCAUCUGCAAAAAGCAGAGACCUAAUCCUGCGGCCACCAAACAGGAACCCCUCAACGCCUUGACUGCACCUAGAAAUUCUGUCCAUAAAAGUUAUGAACAGAAUCGGUGACAAAGGGCAGCCUUGGCGGAGUCCAACCCUCACUGGAAACUGCCGGCAAUGCACUGAUCAUACCGCCUCAAUCAGACAGUCCGUUACCCCAUACUCUCUGAGCACUCCCCAGAGGAUUUCCCGAGGGACACGGUCAAAUGCCUUCUUCAAGUCCACAAAGCACAUCUAGACUGGUUGGGCAAAGUCCCAUGCACCCUCAAGGACCCUGCCGAGAGUAUAAAGCUGGUCCACAUGACGAUAUCCAGCAGCUGAUUGGUCGUCAAGAUGAAAUUCCCUCCCAGCAACAGGACGGGAGCUCCACUUUGAAGCAGAAAGAUCCACAGCCCCCCUACAUCAAAGAGGAAGAGGAGGAACUCUGGAUCACUCAGGAUAGAGAGCAUCUUCUACCGUUGAAGGAAGACGAUCACGCUGGUGUCUCUGUGAAGACCGAAUACCAUGAAUACAAACCACCCGAGUCCUCACAGCUUCAUCACAGUCUAAGUGAGAAGAACAAAGGGGAAGAGCCUCCCAGAAGCAGCUCACCAGAAAGCAUAACAGAAGAUGAUGAGGACUGUGGAGGAUCACAAGCAGACAACCUCUUCGCUCCACUCUCGGAUAGUGAAGACACGUCGUCACACUUUCCUGAGGACGAAAACGACGCCCAACAACCUUUGAGCAGCAAUACAGACUGUAAAGGGGAUAUGAGGACUCACUCUGAAGACUCGGAAAAGGUGACAGUUAAAAAACUUGGAGUUUUGGGUGACAUUCACAAGGGAACACAAAUAGUACAAAAAAAAUUUAGUUGUUCAGUGUGCGGUAAAAUUUUCUCUCAAAAGUCCUACGUGGUAAGACACAUGAGAACGCACACAGGUGAACAAUGUUUUAGUUGUUCCGUUUGUGAUAAAAGGAUCUCCAGUAAGUCGAAUAUGGUAAAACACAUGAGAACACACACGGAGGAAAAACCUUUUAGUUGUUCAGUAUGCGGUAAAAUAUUCUCUCAAAAGUCAUAUGUGGUAAAACACAUGAAAACACACACAGCGGAAAAACUUUUCAGUUGUUCAGUUUGCGGUAAAAGAAUCUCCGUAAAGUCGAACAUGGUAAAACACAUGAGAACACACACGGGAGAAAAACCUUUUAAGUGUUCAUUGUGCGGCAAAACGUUUACUCAAAAGUCAACUAUAAAAAGUCACAUGAGAACACACACAGGAGAAAAACCUUUUCGGUGUUCAGUGUGCAGUAAAAUGUUCUGUGAUAAAUCAACCAUGAAUAGGCACAUGAGAACACACACGGGAGAAAAACCUUUUUGUUGUUCAGUGUGUGGGGAAAAAUUCUCUCAAAAGACCUAUAUGGUAAAACACAUGAAUAAACACACACAGGCGAAACACAAUAAUCCUGUGUCUUGGAGCAAAAACAUUAACGGCCUACUGAAACCCACGACUACUGACCACGCAGUCUGAUAGUUUAUAUAUCAAUGAUGAAAUAUUAACAUUGCAACACAUGCCUAUACGGCCUUUUUAAAAGUUUACUAAAAAAAAAAAUUUCCUGUUAAAAACUUUUGUAUGAUGACGCGCUCGAGACGUCUCGGAUUGUAGCGGACAUUUUUUUUCCAGCCUUAUCCAAGCUAUAAGUAGUCUGCUUUAAUCGCAUUAUUACACAGUAUUUUGGACAUCUGUGUUGCUGAAUCUUUUGCAUUUUGUUCAAUUAAUAAUGGAGACGUCAAAGAAGAAAGAUGUAGGUGGGAAGCGGCGUAUUGCAGCUGCCUUUAGCAACACAAACACGGCCGGUGUUUCCUUGUUUACAUUCCCGAAGGUGAAGCUUUACUAUGGAACAGAGCGGUCAAGCGAACAUGGUUCCCGACCACAUGUCAACCGGCAGGUUUCGGUGAGAAAAUUGUGGUAAAAAGUCGGCUCUUACCGUAGACAUGAACGGAGCUUGCGGCCUCCUGCAGCUGCGGACUCUCUUGCUUCCUCCCACCGGAGACAUUAGCGGUCACCACACCCGUGGACACACCCCUCCGACAUUCAGGUACCAUAUUAUCUCACUAAAACACUAGUAACACAAUAAGCAGAUGAGGGAUUUUCCAGAAUUAUCCUAGUAAAUGUGUCUAAUAACAUCUGAACCGCUCCAACUGCCCCCGCCUUUUUUUUCCUAGUCCUUCACUCUCACUAUCCUCAUCCACGAAUCUUUCAUCCUCGCCCAAAUUAGUGGGGAAAUCGUCGCUUUCUCGGUCUGAAUCGCUCUUGCUGCUGGUGGCUAUGAUUGUAAACAAUGUUCAGAUGAUCAAGUAUGACACACAGAAUGGACCUGCUAUCCCCGUUUAAAUAAGAAAAUCUCAUUUCAGUAGGCCUUUAAUUCAGCAGCACUCCCAAAGAUGCACAAUUGACAAAAACCUUUAAGUUACCCAGCCUGCACUAGUCUAGUCGCCGUAGUCUAGAUGGUGGCAAUGAUGAAUGGUCUGAAAGACAUAGAGAAUAGCCAAGCUAAACUUGCACGAAAACCAACAUUUUAUUUUAAAGUAGUGGAACAGAGGAUGCUGGAGAAGGUAAGAAAGAAAUCAAGUUGUAAAUAGGACCAUUGUGAAGAAUGUGAAGUUACCUAGGGCGGUAUAGCUCGGUUGGUAGAGCGGCCGCGCCAGCAACUUGAGGGUUGCAGGUUCGAUCCCCGCUUCCGCCUUCCUAGUCAAUGCCGUUGUGUCCUUGGGCAAGACACUUUACCCACCUGCUCCCAGUGCCACCCACACUGGUUUAUAUGUAAAAAUUAGAUAUUGGGUUUCACUAUGUAAAGCGCUUUGAGUCACUAGAGAAAAAGCGCUAUAUAAAAUAUAAUUCACUUCACUUCACGCCCUUGACGAAAGCAAUUAAAAAGGGAUGAGGAAAAUCAAAUAACAGAAGAUUUUUUAAUAAAUUAUUGGUGGUGUUAAAGGG